AUGGUUGUUGAACUACCAAGCCCUGAUACUUCUGUUCGAUUAGUGAGCAAAAGGAAUGUUACAACUGGCCGCGUGAUUUGGUGCCGCUACAAGAAUCGUCGGGCAGGAUGUAUUGAUGACGACGGAAAAUGGGUGGACAACUGGUUCGCAUUUGAGGAGACCAAACUUUCCAAUUAUGACGGCACUUUUUGCAUUCGUUAUCCAUCAACAAAUUGUACUCUUGCCUCUCGCACUGACAAAAAGCCUAAAAUCGAUGGAAUCCUGCUCAAAGACGAUGGUUCACCUGAUAACGAGGAUCAACAUUUCUCGAUGAACUUUGAAGAUAUGGGAUUGGAGAGUAUCGAAUAUGAUAUCAAAGCUGAGAAUAAGUCAUCAGAGAAGCCAGCUGCAAUUGCUCAACAGGACUUAGAAAAUGCAUCGGAUACUGAGCAAAUACAGACAUUCACAUAA